AUGUUUCGAGCUUCGUCGCGGUUGCUGCAGAGUCGCAUCACCUUCUUCACGCGGAGCCCUUGCUCGCUCUGCGACACCGCGAAAACAGCCGUGCAGAACGUUCGCAAAGAGCGCAACUUCGACUACGAGGAAAUCAACGUGAUGGGGCCUGGUCAGGAGAAAUGGAGGGAUGUUUACGAGUUUGAUACUCCGGUGAUACACGUCGAUAAAGCAUCCGAGACAUCUACCUCCUCCGCAAAACUUAUGCAUCGCUUCAACGAGACACAGGUGAAGAAGCUGCUGGAUGAGGUCGAGUCAACGUGA